AUGGGCCACAAGAGAAAGAGAUCUCAUAAAAAUGAUGAAAAUGACUGGACAAAAGAAUUAAAACGCAUGAAAAAGAAGAUGCGUGAUCAAGAGAAAGAAAUUCAUCGGUUGAAAAAACAGAUAAAACUGCGUAAACACGCAUUACAAACUUGCCUGCAGUCUCGUUACAAUUAUUUGUGUAUUCUAGGGAAUAAACAUCGAAGAUCGUCAUCAGAGUCGGAGGAAGAGUCUUCAUCGUCGUCAGAUCAUCAACGCAGCCCACUUAUUCCCUUAGAAAACAUCCUACGAGAUGUUUUGGCAGCUGAUGCUAGCAAAAAAUCCAAUCAGACGAAUUCUGGUAUCACUCCCGCUACAGAAAUUUCAGCAUUGGCCACUGAAACGCCUCUGAAGAAUGAUCCAAAAACAACUGAUUCUUCUUUGAAAGUAACUGAUCAAAGUGAAACAGAGAAAAAUAAUCAGACUCUGGGCGACAAGGGUACACCAGGGCAAAAUGGAGCUGCAACUAAGCAGACGCAAGAUACGCCAAUUACUGAGUCUACAGACAAGCCUGAAAAAUCUACUGAAGUGAUCAAAGAUCCUGUUAUUGAAGGAAAAAUGUUGGAAGCUAUUGGUAAAAGAAUCGACGAGGAGAAGAAGACCAGUCCAGCUAUCCAUAACGAUAUCUUUGUCAGAUGGAAAGGUAUUUUAAAAGAAGGUCUUCCUACCGAAGAGCGAGAGUUGUUAUUCAAGAAAUACCCAACUCCCGAGAAUUGUUUAAUUUUAGAACCUCAAAAAUUAAACGCUCAGAUAAAAGCUUCAUUGCUGGAACCUUUAAUCAAUAAAGACAAGCGUCUUAUUGAGAAACAACGCAAAGUAUGCGUAUGUUUGUCAGCUUUAGGUUCUGUACUAUCAGACCUUCUAAAAGGGAAUACUCCUGAAACCACUAAUCUAGUGGCGACUCUUAGCGACACUGCAAGGGUCUUAGUUGAUUUGCAACGGGACGAAUCUUUAACAAGACGUCUGAUCAUCUCAGCUAACAUUAACCCAGCCCUUAAAGAAACGCUUAAUGCUACGAUCAUCAACGAACAAGGAUCGUCGUCCGUACAGGAAAUAAAUAGUCCGGUAAGUGUACCUGCAGGGCGGUUAAGACAUUUCCUACCAGCCUGGGAGGAACUGUUUGGCAAUAAUCCUAUCAUUGAGUGGGUCAAAGGGUACAAGAUACCCUUCAGUAAAAGCGUCUACCAACCAUACCCACCGAGGGCUCACAGGUUCAUAAUUAACGAGGUCAAGAGCCAAUUAUCUCCCUCAAAAGAGUGUCGCUUUCUAGGCUUUAUUAUCAGUUCAGCAGAAAUGAGAAUAAAACUUCCGGAAGAAAAACGUUCCGCGAAUUGUAAAAUUCGAGAAUUUUCCUCUUUGAUUGGUACAUUGGGGGCCUGUUGUUCAGCAGUAAAAUACGGUUGGGUCUAUUUGAAAGACCUUGAGCGAGAGAAAUUUGAAGCCCUACGUACCAAUCGAGAAAAUUAUGAAGCUCGUAUAACACUAUCAUCUAAUGUAAACGAAGAUUUUUCC